CUACGGUGUCUUCCUCGCCGUUCAGCUCGCGCAUAUCCUGCGUUUUGCAAAAAGGGUCGCAAUGCUGCGCCCCAAAGCCUUGACCCAGGUGCUGAGCCAGGCCAACACAGGAGGAGUGCAGAGCACCUUGCUCCUGAACAAUGAGGGCUCUCUCCUUGCGUAUUCCGGAUAUGGAGAUACAGAUGCCAGAGUCACGGCAGCCAUUGCCAGCAACAUCUGGGUGGCCUAUGACAAGAAUGGCCACCAGGCGUUCAAUGAAGACAACUUGAAGUUCAUCCUCAUGGACUGCAUGGAGGGCCGUGUCGCAAUCACCAGAGUUGCCAAUUUACUGCUGUGCAUGUAUGCAAAGGAGACGGUGGGCUUUGGGAUGCUGAAGGCAAAGGCACAAGCUUUGGUCCAGUACCUGGAAGACCCUCUCACCCAGGUGGCAGCAUCAUGAGCUGUGGAGCCAAAGAUAUGGGGGGAAAGGCUUUUGUGACUUUACUCAGAAGGAGCUAUUUCCGAAACAGACUUUUACACAGGAGAAACUGGGUGCUUGGCAGGGG